CCGAAACAAGACGACCGCUUAGUAACAGAUCUUCGCCUCAAUCCCUCUGUUUACAUAUUUCCUUGGUAACGCAUUUCGCAGCUUAAACCAACAUCUUAAUACAAUUGAAAUGCGCGCUCACACAUAAAUAUAAAUAGCUUGAAUUUAUAACCAAUCAGGAAUCAUUCAAUCAUUACAUAUUCAGCCUACAGAGUACGCCAUCUUCUGACCAAAUACGCAUGACAUAAAAGUCACCAUUAAAAACUUUACACAUUAAAAAAAUUUUUAUUACUUUAAAUGAAGCUGGGUAACGGUACCUCUUUUUAUAUGUUCGAAACGCUUUACUGACGUCGUAUGGCCGCACAUGCGCAAACAAACCGGUCCCUAAUCGGAACACUGGAUGUGAUGCAGUCGGUGGGAAAACUGGCAUGUCUGGAGUUUGCACAUCCUGCGUAGAACAAUCUAACCUUAAUUAUCAGCUGCUUACAUUUUUCUUACGUUUCAAUUUAGUGGAGUGAGAUCCAGGUGUAUCCAAAAAUUUAAAUAAGUUAAAAGUGUAAUAAUUUAUUCCAAAUAAAAAAAGCACAAUUCAUAAUUUUGUGUGAAAUCUAGACUUCGUUAAAAUACAAUUUUGUGUCUGUGAGUUCCACGUGAUUUAUUUAGGAUAUUAUGGCUGUAGAUACAGAUCAGAUAAACGAAAGUAUAGAAAUAAAACUUUUAAUCAAUUUUUCCAAAAAUGAAGCUUUUAUUUUGCCACAAAGUGUAUGUGAUAUAUUGAACGGCCAAUAUGAAGAUGUAAUAAUUAACAAACUUUCAGCAUUUAUAAGCGAAACCUUAAAAUAUGAUUUUAAUUUAGAAGAAAUAGUGAAUAAAGAUAUUGCUGAAUCAGAUAUACACCAUUCAUGGCUGUGUGUAGGAAUAGCUUUAUUAUCACAUUUUGCUCAAUGCAAUUGGACUGGUCCUCAUGUUGAUAAAGAUAUUGACUGGUUAAGAACCAAAAGAGAGGAAGCACUUAAAAGCUUAUCGUUACACGAUGAAUGUAACAUAAAUGUACAAAAACUAGAGCUUCUUUAUCUGGCUAAGAAAAUAUUCUCCAUUAAAGAAUUGCAGUCAAAAUGUGAAAGCUGCAUUUGGUGGUUAUUCAGAGCUAAUCUAUUACAUCAAUAUAUAUUAGAUGAAAAUUCAGGAAUACUAUUUAAAGAAACUGAGAAUUUAAUACCAAAUAUCAACAAUCUUAACAUUUUAAAAAAUCCUCUUUGCAAGCUUUUAUUUCAUCUAGAAGUUGCUAGAUUUUAUUUGUGCUAUAGAAUUACUCAACAUUCUGAAAAACAUCUGGAAGAAGCACAAAACAUAGCAGGCUUAACGUUAAAUCUAGAAGGUGCAAUGGGAAAACGUACAAAGUAUCAGCAAAAGGAAAAAGCGCAGUUGUAUUUGAAAGUAGAAAUAAACAAAGAAAUUUUUCCAUCAAUAGAUUGUGAAGACAUACCAAAAUCUUUGAAUUUAAAUGACGAAUCAAGAUUAGAACACAUUGAGUUUUCAGAACAUAAAAUAGAAACUCAAUUGGGAGCAAUGGAGGAAGCAGUCAUUUUAACAAAAUAUUUUCAGUUGCAGUUGUGUCAGCCUAAGCAUAAUCUCACUGAUGAGGAAAUCAGGCCUUAUUUGAACAAAGUCAUAGAGAAUACAAAGAAUUGGUCGUUAAAGAUGACUUCUUUAUGCAAUCGAUGCUCGCUAGAGUCUGAUAACAAAACUAUCGAGCGGUCUAUGAUGCAAGCGGAGUCUCUACUGAAAGAUUAUACUGAUGCAAAAGCAUCUGUAGCUAGAAGAAUGGAUCUAUUUUUUGCAAGCAAUAUGAAACCUAUUUGGAUAUUAGAGGAAAAAUGGGCUAACAUAAUGUUUAGUCUUGGCUUAGUCAAAGGAGCUCUGGAUAUCUUUACAAAACUCGGAUUAUGGGACAACGUGAUUAUUUGUUAUAAUACGUUAGAUUUGAAACAUAAGGCAGCUGAGGUUAUUCGACAAGAAAUAUCGAAAAAGCCAACGGUGAAAUUAUGGUGCCUCUUAGGAGAUACAACUGGAGAUGUGAAUCAUUAUGAAACAGCGUGGAAAUUGUCCGAGGAAAGAAGCAGUAGAGUACAAAGACACUGGGGAUUUUAUUAUUUCACGAAGAAAAAUUAUGUUGAAGCUGUACCACACUUGAAGUUGUCAGUUGAAUUGAAUAAUAUUCAAGAGUUAGUAUGGUUCAGACUGGGUUAUGCAGCAUUGCAGACAGAAGAUUGGAAGCUAGCUGCUAUGGCAUAUAGACGUUACAGCGUUUUAGAAGAUUCUUCUUUCGAGGCAUGGAAUAAUUUGGCGAAAGCGUAUAUAAAAUUAGGCGAAAAAACAAGAGCUUGGAAGUCUUUACAAGAUGCCAUAAAAUGUAAUUAUGAUCGUUGGGAAGUAUGGGACAAUUUGAUGGUUGUCAGCAUCGAUUUAAAACAUUUUUCAGAAGUUAUUCGAUGUUAUCAUCGUAUUUUAGAUUUGAAGAACAGUCAUCUAGAUGUCCAAGUUCUCCAAAUAUUAGUAGAUGCUAUAAUAAAUAAUAUUAAUGAUGCAUACGGAAAUCCAGCUUCUCUUUUGCUUGAGAGUAGUUUAGAAUUAUUUGGAAGAAUUACUUCUGAUACGAAAAGUAUUUCGUGCCCUGAUAUUUGGACAAUGUAUGCUCAACUUACCGUAUUAAAAAAGACAGAGAUGCACAUCGAAAAAGCGGCAUAUUAUCUGCAACAAGCGCAUCGUGCUGCGACUUCGAAAGAUCAAAAAUGGUUUCGUAGCGAAAAUACAACUUUAAAUGUAUUAACAUUGUGUUGUAACUUAGCACAAAUGUAUUUAUCUAAUACUACUGAUAUCACAGUUGCUAAGAAGAAGAAAUUAUUAGGAACUGCCAAAUUAUCACUUCAAGGUGUUGUAAGAAAAGUCAAAGAACAAGAUUGGGAUAACACGAAUAUCGUCGAACAGUUAACAAAUGUUGAGGAAUAUUUAACAAAUGUAACAGAUGAAUUGCAACAAAUUAAAUCUACAUAAAGUAUUUAUUUAUAUUCAUAUUUUUUAAGCUAAAGAAUUUUUCAUGAAUAGAUUUUUAUGAAAUGUACAAUAAUUUUUUUUAAUAAGAUUGUUUUUUAUUGAAUAAAAUAGAUAUUGUAAAUUCUAUUUCUCUAAACAUUUUGUACACAUGGUCACACUAGGAGCUUUCCAUCAAGGCAUUUAGGACAAAAUAAAAAAGUUAUUUGGCAAUUUUUAUUAAAUAAAAGAAAAUUGGUUUAAAA